AUGUAAUUACAAGAUGGAAAUAAUUUGAUGCUUAACCUUUCAAAUGGUCCUAUCGAUAAUAGUAGAAGAUCCUGCACAAAUGUAUUUUGUGCCUUUCUUUAUGCAGGCAUAUUAUUGAGUGUCUUUGGUAUUGGUUUGUACAUGAAUCAAACUGGCAAUGUAUAAUUGAUAGACAGAGGAUAUGAUCCUGAUCGUAAAUUUAAAUAAAUAUCAAAAGAUAGACCAUGUGGAAUAGGUGCUUUGUUAGAUUAUCCAUUCAUCUAUUUCACUACUCUAAAUAGCGAUUUCUUAUGGAAGACUGUUUGCGUUCAAGAAUGUCCAAGUGUUUAAGUUGCCAAACACAAACAUUUAUAAUUCAAUUCUCCAACAUCUACAACUGUUCCUGCAACAACAACAGCACCUACUUCUACAACCCAAAAUUCAUAACUUAAAUGCGCUGUAAAUUCAGUAGUAACUUCGUGUAAUAGUGCUACACUAUAUAACACUGUUAAAUGUAAUAUUAAUACCUUAUAUAAAAAGUUGAUCAAAGGGUCUGCAUACCAACAGAUCCUUAAUAAUAUAAAAUUGUUUAAGAAGCUUUAAAGAUGGGUUUCUUACAUCAAUUAAUUUCUGAUAUUGAAGGAGCAAAAUAUACUUUAUUUAUUUUCAUUUUGCUUGGUACUUGUUUUACUUUAGCAUUUACAUACCUUUUAAAAUGGUGUAGCAAGACUGUAAUAUGGUUUAUAAUUUUUAUCAUUGUUGUACUAUCCAUUUUUUUCGGUUAUUACAGUUAUUUAUAAUAUAGAGCAGCGUAAUUAUUGAAUAUAUAUAAUUAGCUCAAGCUAUACAAUAAGUUUAUCUCCUACAGGUUACCUUUUGCAAUCCAUAAUAUGGUGGUGUUUGGGUUUAGGUACAAUAAUAUUGACAAUUUGUUUUUAUAAACGAAUAAACUUAGCUAUAGCAAUAAUAAAGUCUGCAUCUGAUUUUGUUAGUAAGAAUGGCAGUAUAGUUAUAGUUCCUAUUUUCUCAACGUUUGCUACUCUAAUUUUAACAAUAACAUUUAUCUAUAUUGCUUUGUAAUACUUAUAUUAAAAUUAGUUUAAUAUGUUCAACUGGUACAUCUGGAAAUAAACCUUAAUAGUGGCCUUUUGGAUAAUUGAAAUACACAUUUAUUGAAUAUUUUAGUGGAUUCUAUUUAUUAUUUACCACAUUUUGGACUUAUGCAUUAGUUAUAGGAAUUAAUAGUUUCAUUAUAGCAGGUUCUGUUUGUGUAUGGUAUUGGUAACAAGGAAAGAGUGGAUAAGAACAUGUAUAACCACUCAAUUCAUCAUGGAAAAGGUGUUUUGUUUAUCAUAUUGGGUCAAUUGUAUUGGGAGCUUUAUUAUUAGGUCUAGUAUCUAUAUUUAGAUCAUUUUUUGAAUAUCUUUAUGUACAAUAUUAAUAAUAAUUAAAAUAGAGAAAUGCAGAAUAUAUGAGAAAUACAGAUGGUUGUUAAUUUUGUUUCAAAUGUUGUGCUUGUUGUAUUUGGUGUUUUGAAAGAUUUUUAUAAUAUUUGAAUCAGAAUAUCUAUGUCUAAAUUAAUAUGACUGGAGAUGGCUUUUUUCAUGCUGCUAAAAAAGCCUUAGAUAUUAUGUCUAAUAAUCCAUCUAUUGUUAUGUAAGUUGUCGGAUUAGGAGAUUUAAUAAAUAACAUAGCAAGAAUUAUGAUUACACUUACUAUUUCAAUGUUCUUUUGUAGAUCUAUUUCAGAAUUACCAUAAUUAUUAUUUGGAGGCAUUGUUAUCAAUCCAUAUAAUCCAACAUUAUUGUUAGCAAUCAUCAUUUUUGUUAUUGCCACUGUCUUUACUAAUAUCUUUGGAGUUGCUAUUGAAAGCAUUCUUCAUUUAUAUUGUAUUGAUUAAGAAAUAGCCAGGGCUAAAUAAAGUUCAGAUGAUGCUGAAAUGUGUCCUGCGGUAUUAUUCAUUUAUUAUUUUAGGCUUUAAGAGAAUUUUUAAAUGACAAAGUAUUCACAUAAUAAUAAAAAUGA